GUUGCAGGUGCUGCCGGAGUGCUGGUAGGACACCCGUUUGACACCGUUAAGAUGACAGAUAAGCCUCAUCACGGGAGAGUUACCUAGUUCGUCUACAAGUUCAAAAUGUAGAGAAACCUCUCUACCGUGGGACCUUCCAUUGCUUUCAGUCCAUUAUAAAGCAAGAAUCUGCUUUUGGACUCUAUAAAGGUAUUGGGUCACCAAUGAUGGGACUUACCUUCAUUAACGCCCUUGUGUUUGGGGUACAAGGAAACACACUUCGUGCACUUGGAAAAGACACUCCUCUAAACCAGUUCCUUGCCGGGUCAGCGGCAGGGGCUAUCCAGUGCAUCAUCUGCUGUCCCAUGGAGCUGGCAAAGACAAGAAUGCAGCUUCAGGGCACAGGUGAAUACAAACUAAAAACGAAGAACUACAAAAAUUCUCUGGACUGUUUGGUCAAGAUCUAUCGAAAGGAAGGGCUGCGGGGCAUCAAUCGUGGCAUGGUCUCUACAUUCAUAAGAGAGACUCCGAGCUUUGGCUUUUACUUCCUGACCUACGACUGCAUGACCAGGUAUUUAGGCUGUGAAGCUGAAGACAGUUACGUUAUCCCCAAACUGCUCUUUUCUGGGGGCAUGUCAGGAAUCGUGUCCUGGCUCUCAACCUAUCCCAUGGACGUGAUCAAAUCCCGGCUCCAGGCUGAUGGAGUUGGAGGCGUUACGCAGUACAAGGGCAUCUUAGACUGCGUCAGAAAGAGUUACCAUGAAGAAGGCUGGAGGGUGUUCACAAGAGGCCUUACUUCCACGCUCCUCCGCGCUUUUCCUGUCAAUGCAGCUACCUUCGCUACUGUCACCGUGUUCCUGAUGUAUAUGAGGUCAGAAGACAACCUUCGUGAAUGUGAGCCAGGUCCAGUAAUCCAGCAGCCUUCCAGUUUGUGA